AUGGACCCACCCAGUGGUCCAGGUCACGGGCCGCGCCGCCGCGGCCGCCAUCUUGCCCGCGUCCGGGCGCCUGCGGCGGGAGGGGCGGUGUCCCGGCCGGAAGCGGCUGUGCGGCGGCCGCGCUGCCACCUCAGGUCAGUGAGUUCGACCCGGCCCGCGUCUCGGGUCUCGGGAGCGCAGCGGCCGCAGCUAGGGGCCGGAGAUAGCCUAGUUGAAAGGCUCGGGCGUCUCGGCGGGGAGCGCGUUCCGCGCUGUGGGGUAAUCGCGCCGGGCGGCCAGCCGGUCGGGCCUCCGCGGGAGCCACCGGGGGCUGCGGGCGGCCGCGGGACCUGCGGGGACCUCCGCGGGACCUGCGGGGACCUCCUCGGGGCGCAGAGGCCACGCUACAGCCUUCACCGCGGCAGGCUUGUGGGGAGCGGCGUCCCCGCCUUUCCCGGGAGGCUCAGCCAGGUGCUUGGAGCGGGAGAGUCGGAUUCAGAUUCCUGCUUUACCUGGAAUAGCAACGUGCCCUGUUGCCAUUGUGCCCUCUUAAAUACUGUACUUCUUAAACGGCCUAUCUCCCGUGCUGUUACAGAUAUUCUGAUGAAUAAACACAGAAUGAGCAUGGCUUUCCUUUGCUGAUAAGUCACUGAUGGGAAGUGAGA